UGUUCAAAAUUCCAAAAAAAAAUAAACCAACGACUGUAAGCCCUGGUCGACAAAAAGAAAGAUGAAAAAAAGUGGGUGGCACGACAUGGUAGGGUACUUGUGUGAUUUGUGAGGUGGAUCUCUUUUUUCUACUGAAAGCUGAAACACACUGUAAAGUGUAAACAAGAAUUGCAGAUUUGCAGAAUUAAUUAACUAAAAGAGGAAUGACGACUUCAAGUUUGGAAGUGAGCUCUUCACCUGCAGCCCCUCUGCAAGUUCCCACCUUUCAUCAUACCCCUUAUUAUUGUGAGGAAAACAUCUACUUGCUAUGCAAAAAGCUAUGUGAUGAUGGGCUGGCAAAUCCUGAUGGUUCUGAUCUGUUUGUUAUUUUCAUUUCCAAUGAGAAGAAGCAGAUUCCUCUGUGGCAUCAGAAGGCUAGCCAGCGCGCGGAGGGAGUUAUUCUGUGGGACUAUCAUGCCAUCUGCAUACAGAAAAAGAGAAAUGAGAACUCUUCGUCACUAGUGUGGGAUUUGGAUUCAAGCCUUCCGUUUCCAUCACCUCUUGGCACUUAUGUCGCGGACAGCAUUCGUCCAUCAAUUCAGAUAUUUUCAGAAUUCAAAAGGUUCUUUCGAGUUGUGCAUGCCCCUAUAUUUCUCCGACACUUUGCGUCAGAUAGAAGACAUAUGAAGGAUUCUGCUGGAAACUGGAUUGCUGAACCACCAUCACAUGAAGCUAUUGUUGCUGAAGAUGGAACCAUACACAACCUGAACGAGUACAUUACAGUCUCUCCGGACGAUGUAGUGAAGAAUGUGGAAGCUGAUACCGUCAAUGUUGUUUUCUCUGAGAAACUUGGGGUUGUAGUAGGUGAAGAUGAUUUAUUGGGAUUUUUCUCUUUGAUUUCCUGAUGAGAGUUGUAAAAUGUAUUAGCUUGAAAGUUGAAAUCAUGGUCUUGGAUUUUUACAUGUAAAAAGAAAAAGUGUCUUGUGAGUUGUGAGAGUUUUGCAAAUGGAGGUUGGUGCGGAAGUAUUCUUGUUUUGUCAAGUUUUUUGGGGAGUGACUUUAUUUUGUAGAAGUAUAGACAUUUGUCGUCCGACCCUUCUCCGGACCCCGCACAUAGUGGGAUGCAUGGAGCUGCAUUUUUUUUCUUGGUAUAGACAUUUACUUUUGUUGGUGAAGAUGGUUGAAGGAGGGCAUACUAUUUAGUAGUGUUUCUUCAAAAUACUA